AAAUGAUAUAUUUAUCGUCCGGCACCUGGAUCAAUACAAAACGCAGAUACUGCAUCAACAUGUAUUUUUUCCAACUUUUGAUGUGUUUCUUGGGUCUGGUGUUCGGCGACAACAGUACGAUUGAUAAUAUAUCUGCGUUAUCAUCAACUGGGCAUGCAGAUUAUUCUACAGUUAGCCAAAUUACUCCUUGGGGAGAAUGGACACCUUGGUCUAAAUGGUCUCCAUGUACGAGGAGUUGUGGUGGAGGUUUGUCACGACAGCAGAGAAGAUGUAAACGGAAACCAUGCAAAGGAAAAUCUAGUGUAAAAUUCAAAAUAUGCAACAACCAGGCAUGUGAGAUACCAACCGAUUUUCGUGCAGAGCAAUGCAGCGCUUUCGACGAUAUACCAUACAGGGGAAAGUUACUAAAAUGGUAUCCAUACGACGAUCCAACGAAACCCUGCUCUUUAAUUUGUCAUGGAGUUUCAUCUCGAUCCUCAACUUUGUCAACAAGAGACUACGACUCCAGCCACCAAGAUGACAAGAAUAACAAACUAACAUCUGAAGAAGAAAUUAUUGAGGAUAGUUUCACUGAAUUGGAUACUGAUGACUCGAUCGUUGUUCAACUUGCUGAUAAAGUUCAAGAUGGAACCAGAUGUCAUACUGACAGCUUUGAUAUUUGCAUCGGUGGAACUUGCUUGAUAGUAGGAUGUGAUAUGAAAGUAGGCAGUGGUAAAACAAAAGAUCUUUGCGGCGUAUGCGGUGGAAACGGUUCGACUUGCCAGUCAAAAUACUCCUGGAGCCUGGAAUCGAUAUCUGCUUGCUCUAAAUCCUGCGGCGGUGGUUUUAAAAUGGCUGCACCAAUUUGCAAAUCACUUGAAGAUGAUAGUACGACCGAUGAAGAGAACUGUAAUCUUGAUAAAAAACCAACGAAAACAAUUCUGCCUUGCAAUAUGCAUCCUUGUGCAACAAAAUGGAUUAGUGGUGAGUGGAGUAAAUGCAGCGCUAGCUGUGGUGGCGGCUCUCGAACCAGACCCAUUUAUUGCACAGAAAAAAACGAAAAUGAUACUAUUAAGCUUCCAGAUCAUAGAUGCAACGCCAGCCAUAAGCCAAAAACUCAAGAAACGUGCAAUACUAUUUCCUGCCCAAUGUGGGAAACCGAUCAGUGGAGUGAAUGUUCAGCGACAUGCGGAACUGGAGUAAGAACAAGAACCAUUGAGUGUAGAGACGGAAAUGGAAAAUUAUCAAAUGAUUGUGAUUCUGCAGAGCGGCCUUAUGAUAAACAGGAUUGUAAAACCAACAUCAACUGUCCUUUGUAUUCAGAUGAGAUAUCACAACCAUUAAUGCAGCCUUAUCCACCGCCUCCAAUGCCCGAGAAAUUAAUUGACCAGCCAAUACCAUCCGAAGCUACGUUUAUAGCUGAUGAAUGGUCUACAUGCAGUGCAACGUGUGGUGAAGGCAUUCGUCAUCGUGAAGUUCAUUGCAAGAUAUUUCUCGAAUUUAGUAGGACAAUAGCUAAACUCCCAGACCGUCAAUGUACUGGUCCGAAACCUGUGGAAACAGAGAAAUGCAUGAUCCGAGCAUGUGGCCUGAUGGAAAACAAUCUCUCGUAUAGAGUUGACACUGUUGGAGACAGCGGGUACGAGGAAUCUAACUUGAUGGAUUCAUUUAGAUCUGCCAGCUCGGAUGAGUAUGAAGGCAGUGUCAAAGUUGCUACUGGUAAUUCUGGACAGACGACUUAUUCAUGGAAGGAAGCGGGGUACAGCGCUUGCACUGCUUCUUGUCUCGGAGGAGUUCAAGAUUUGAUUAUCAAUUGUGUCCGAGAUGACACUGGUAAAACAGUUAUUCCACUUCUCUGCACCAAAGAAACAAAACCCGAGUCUCGAAUUCGUACUUGCAACGACCACGCCUGUACCCCACGAUGGAACUAUAGUGAUUUUUCACCGUGUAACAGUCCCUGUGGUAUUGGUAUACAAACGCGAGACGUCACUUGCAUACACGAGGUAGCGCGGGGUCCUGGGAAUACAGUGGUAGUACCAAACCAUAUGUGUCAGACGCCACCGCCAGUUGACAGGCAGCAUUGCAACGUGUGGGAUUGUCCACCCAAAUGGCAACCCGGAGAAUGGGACAAAUGUUCUAAAAGCUGCGGAGGCGGUAUUAAACGACGUCAGGUUGUUUGUGAACAAGUAAUGGCUCAAGGUCACAAGCAAAUUCGUCCUGACCGAGAAUGCCAAGGAAAUAAACCUUCAUCUGAAAAACCAUGCAACACCAGAUCUUGCUAUGAUAUUGGGUUGAAUGUUCAACCAGUGAUAUUCAGUCAGAAUACGACGUUUUAUCAGCGGGAUCCUGAACAAAAAGUUGAUCUCAAAAUUGGGGGGACUGCAACAGUAUUUCAAGGGAUACCCGUGGUCAAAAUUCGUUGCCCGGUUAAAAAAUUCAGCAAGGGGCAGAUUAUUUGGACAAAAGACCGUGCAGAAUUACACAAAUCUCGAAAGUAUAAAAUUAGCCGAAAGGGAGCUUUGAAGAUAAUCGAUAUUGGAAUUACUGAUAGCGGCUCAUAUGCAUGCAUUGCUGGACAAUCGCAUGCCGAAUUACGUUUAAUAGUGAGACCUCGAACCAGAGAGCAAAUGAGUAGUGAAGAAAUUUUACGGUUUGGUAAUACUGUGAAUCAUCGACAGGAUGUUAAUUUGGAUUCGGGAGGCGCAAGUUCUGGCGAAAAUUUACAAAUCGAUCGCGCUGCACCAGCUUAUCAAGGCGCCUUUUCAUUCGGGAAUGAUGAUCUCAGUCACGAAUCACGACCUGAAAUACCUUCUGUAGGAAAACCAACUAAAAAACCCCGAAGGCCUAAACGUCCAAAACCAAGUCCUCCAACAUCGGACGUAAUAUCCAAUGGAGAGUAUUCAGUAACGUCAAUUCAUCAGCCGGGUUAUCAUGAGUCUGUUGAAUCUACAGCUUCUUCUAGUGCUUCUCGACUUACACCACAUUUCAGUCAAUUAAUUUCUACCUUGCAGUCAUAUUGGCCAUUCCAAAAUGGUGGAUCGUCUAAUCGAGGGCACCGAAUGGCGCCUGAAUUAUCUCCCAACGAUUUUCACUCGAAAAAUACCCUCGAACUGAAUACAAAAGAUCCUAAAGAUAAUGACGUACAUAUACAUUACGACAGCGUAGACAAAGAUUUUGAUAUGUUUGGACGUAAUUCGGUGAUUCCUGACGACAAAUUUGGACCGGAUGAAGAGCGCAUAUUCAUUGAGGACGAACCUUAUGAUUUUGACAGCGCUAUAUCUUCAAUGAAUGCUUGGGACAACAGGAAAAAGUCAACCGAAUCGCUUAGAAUUUACAAACAUCGAUUCACGACGGAACAAACUUCUGAUUACUUUGAAGAGUCUUUGAGAAAUAUUAAAAACCAAAAUCUCAACAACAAUGUUGAUAAUUAUUUGAGAAAUGAGCGAGGUAUUAAAUUGAGUAAAAAAAAUAGCGAAAAAAUUUACUCGUCAACUGAAACUUCUACUAUUGACAUCUAUUUCCAAGGCCAUACUGAUGAUAAAAAUAAAAUUACGGAGAUUUAUUCAUCAACAAAUCCGCAAGAAAAAAGUUACUCAGUAGAAUCUCAAGAUAAGAAUGAUUAUUCUAAACCUCAUCAUAGUACUACUGGUACCUCUCCAACUCCAAUUAUAAGUAAUGACAAAUCAACAAUCGACUUGGACAAAAUUGUAAAUUAUUCUGUCCAUACGACUGUUAAAUCAAUAGUUAAUGAUAAUGUUAAAUUAUCAACAGAAUCUUUGACGAUAAAAUUACCUGAAGAUGAUGAAAAAAUGUUUGACUCCGGUAGCGAAAUGGAACAAAUAGAAGAUUCAUAUGAAGAAGAAUUGAUAAAACAAAAGUUAUCUAAAAAUGAAACAGCAAAAUUGUCAACAAAUCACAGUGGAAAUAAUUCAAAAAUUUCGAGUGAUGAGAUUGCUCGAGAAAAUGACUCAGAGAACAUCGAUCACGGAGCGGUUGAAGUGUUGAGUAAUGAGGAUACUACGGAAAAAACACGGCAUUCAAAACAUAAAAAUCACUCUCAUAACUCAUUGAAGAAUAAAAAUUCAAAUCAACCAUUAAUACAAGUGGAAACAUUGACUUUUGACAUAAACGACACCACUGAUGAUACUUUCAAUAUUUUUACUAAAGAAACUAGUGAGAAUUUAGUAUUUGAAUGGGUUACUACUGAAUGGUCUAAAUGUUCGCAAACUUGUGGAGGUGGUGGAUUCCAAAUGAGAGGAGCUCAGUGUAUGGUUCGUUCAACAAAGCCAGCUAGUAAUAACACACGAGUUUCAUCGAGAACUGUAAUAGGUGCUUCGCUUUGUGAAGAUGCUGGUUUUAACGUACCGGCAAAAGUUCGUCCUUGUGGCUUAGAGAGAUGUCCCCAAUGGCAUGCAAGUGAAUGGACCCCGUGUGAAUCAUCACGCUGUUUUAAUUGGAAAACUGCAAUGCAAAGGAGAGAUGUUACUUGUCGUUUAAUUGAAGACGCAGUUAACGGCUCAACAAACGCGACUAUUCUUAAUACCGAUAAAUGCGACGACGCAAUAAGACCACCACAAAGACAAGAAUGUUAUAACGAUGUCUGUAAAGGAGUUUGGAGAGUAGGUGAAUGGUCGGAGUGCACAGCAUCUUGUGAGGAAGAUGGCAUUAAAUAUAGAAUUUUACAGUGUGUAUGGUUUGGAACAAAAAAGCCUGCAGGUAACGCAUGCCGUGAUAUACCUAGACCUCCAGUUAUGAAAAUUUGCAAAGGUUCUCCGUGUCCUCGAGUACCUGAAGACUGCGAAGAUCAUUCGCCACUAUGUACCAGGGUUAAAAUGAUGAAUAUGUGCCGAGUACCGCUUUAUCAGAAACAAUGCUGCAAAUCUUGUCGCUAAGCAUAAAGUAACAAUUAAUAUAAAAAUAAAUGUCAAUAUUGACAGUAAUUAGAUAAUUACUUGAAAUGAAUUAAUAAUAAUAAGUAAUAGUAUAUGAUGGAAAACAACAGUCGAAAUGCCAGAAUAUUAAUAUGAUGGAUAAAUUAUAAAAUAUAAAUAUAAAUAAAGAAAUAAAUGACUUAAAUAAGUCAUUUUUUAGAUAAAAAUUUAUUUUACGCACACUUUAAACAUAGCACUUAUACCUUUAAAGGAGUGAAUUUACCUCGUGUUUUCUCUAAAAAUAAGUAUUGACUUAUCACUUUUCUUCCUUGCAUUAUUUAAUUUGAAAAUGAUAGGAAGAAGAUUAUCAGAAAAGAUAUUAAGAGAAUAUUGUUAAAGUUCAAAAUAAAUUGAAGGGUACUUAAUUAAUUAGUUUAUCCUCAAAGGAGUAUGACUAUGAAUUUAAUAUAUUUAAUAAAAUUAAAAUAUUAAAAAAU